ACUCACAUUUCCAGUCAGAACUCAGAGCUGAGCAGUGCUGCUCUUCAGGCCUUGGGCUUUUGCUUAUAUAAUCCCAAAGUUACUUCAGGGUUAUCAGAAGCAAAUAUGCAAGAGCUGCUUUCACAGUUGAAUGAUAUUGUUAAAAGUUCAGACAAAAAUGUACGUACCAGGGCUCUUUGGGUAAUAUCCAAACAGACGUUUCCCACUGAAGUUGUUGGCAAAAUGGUAUCCGCUAUAAUUGAUACAUUAGAAAUAGUGUUUAAUAAAGGAGAGAUACAUUCUGCUGUUGUUGAUUUCGAAGCAUUAAAUGUUAUCAUAAGGUUAAUCGAACAAGCCCCAGUUCAGAUGGGAGAAGAGUCAGUGAGGUGGGCAAAACUGGUCAUACCUUUAGUGGUUCAUUCAGCACAGAAAGUACACUUGCGGGGAGCCACUGCUCUGGAGAUGGGAAUGCCAUUGUUGCUUCAGAAACAACAAGAAAUAGCAUCCAUUACAGAGCAUCUUAUGACCACUAAAUUGAUCUCAGAACUGCAAAAGCUAUUUAUGAGUAAAAAUGAGACCUAUGUUUUAAAAUUAUGGCCCUUGUUCGUCAGACUUCUUGGAAAGACCUUGCAUCGAAGUGGGAGUUUCAUCAACUCUUUGCUACAGCUAGAAGAACUGGGAUUUCGAAGUGGAACACCCAUGAUUAAAAAAAUAGCUUUUAUUGCUUGGAAGAGCUUAAUAGAUAAUUUUGCUUUAAAUCCAGAUAUAUUGUGUAGUGCAAAAAGACUGAAGUUGUUAAUGCAGCCGUUGAGUUCCAUCCAUGUGAGAACAGAAACUCUGGCAUUAACAAAACUGGAAGUUUGGUGGUAUUUGCUGAUGAGACUUGGACCUCACCUCCCUGCUAAUUUUGAACAGGUUUGUGUGCCGCUGAUUCAGAGCACAAUAAGUGAUUCCAGUGCUUCCCCUCCAGGAAAUUCAUCUCGUGUAACUGCUUCUCCAGGAUUAAGCCCUGUGACUCCUGUACACAAAGGUGCUUCCCCAUAUGGAGUUCCUGUAACUCCGCGGAUGAACAUGAGCACAAGUUUGGGUGGAAUGGCAGCAAUCCCCUCCAUUCAGCUUUUGGGACUUGAGAUGCUGCUGCAUUUUUUGUUGGGUCCAGAAGUCUUGAGUUUUGCCAAACAACACAAACUUGUAUUGAGCCUAGAACCACUUGAACAUCCAUUAAUCAGCAGCCCUUCUUUUUUUUCCAAACAUGCGCAUACACUUAUCACUGCUGUUCAUGACAGCUUUGUUGCAGUUGGGAGAGAUGCUUCUGAUGCAGUUGUCAAUGCUAUCUGGAAGGAGCUAAUUAGCUUAGUGAAUUCACUUACCGAAUCUGGUAACAAAAAGGAGAGACCAGGUUCUGAAGUAUUGACCCUCCUACUAAAAUCUUUAGAAAGCAUAGUGAAAUCCGAAGUACUUCCUGUAUCGAAAACACUGGUCCUCAUGGAAAUCACAAUUAAAGGACUUCCUCAGAAAGUAUUAGGUUCACCAGCAUAUCAGGUUGCUAAUAUGGAUAUUCUUAAUGGAACUCCAGCUUUGUUCUUAAUUCAGUUAAUUUUCAGCAAUUACCUCCGGGAAUGUGGUACAGCAGAUGAAAGGUUUUUUCUCAAUCUGGAAUCACUUGUAGGCUGUGUGCUUUCUGGUCCAACUUCACCACUAGCUUUUAGUGACUCCGUUUUAAGUGUUAUCAAUCAAAACGCAGUGCAGUUGGAAAAUAAGGAGCAUCUCUGCAGAAUGUGGAGCAUUAUAGUCACUCCAUUGACCGAAUUGAUUAAUCAGACCAAUGAAGUAAAUCAAGGUGAUGCCUUAGAACAUAAUUUUAGUGCCAUCUAUAGUGCAUUGACUUUACCAAUAAAUCAUAUUUUUUCAGCACAGAGAUUUCCUGUGGUAACCAUGAAGGCUUUACUUCGAACUUGGUCAGAAUUAUACAGAAUAUUUGCUCGCUGUGCUGCUUUGGUGGCAACUGCAGAAGAGAAUUUAUGUUGUGAAGAACUUUCUUCUAAGAUAAUGUCCACUUCGGAAGAUGCAGCCUUUUUGAAUUUGUUGUUUCUGGACAGGAUCAUCCAUAUUAUUACUGUAAUAGCUGAUUGCAUUGACUUUUCACCAUAUAAUAAUAAAUACCAGCCCAAAGUUAAAUCACCACAGAGAUCUUCAGACUGGGCCAAAAAGAAGAAAGACCCUCUGGGAAGAUUGGCCUCUUUGUUUAAGCUUAUUGUAAAAGUGAUCGGCUCCUUCCACACCUUGAGCUUCGAGGAGGCUCAUUCUGACUCUCUGCUUGGUAUUGGCAGCUCAGUCAUCAGCGUGAUUUCCAGUCUGCUCGGGCACAUUUCUUUGCCUUCUGCGAUUCGAAAAAUAUUUACAGUAUUAACAAGGCCCUUGGCAUUAUUUUAUGAAAACACCAACCUUGAUGAAGUUCCUAAAGUGUAUAGUUCUCUGAACAACAAGUUAGAAAAGCUACUAGGAGAAAUUACUACCUGUCUGCAGUUUAGCGCUGGGACUUUUGACAGUGAACUUCUGGAACAGCUCUCCCCACUGCUAUGCAUAAUAUUUCUGCAUAGGAAUAAACAGAUUCGAAAGCAGACCGCUCAGUUCUGGAAUGCCACGUUUGCUAAAGUAGCGAUGUUGACCUACCCUGAAGAGUUAAAGCCAGUACUAAGAGAAGCCAAACAAAAAUUUUUGCUUCUGUUGCCUGGUUUGGAAAAUGUUGAAAUAAUGGAGGAAUCUAGUGGAUCAUAUUCAGAUACAACAGAAAAUUCACAAUUAAAUAUGAAGAUAAGUGGUAUGGAAAGAAAAUCAAAUGGAAAAAGAGAUUCUUUUUUGGCACAAACAAAGGAAAAAAAAGAAAAUAUGAAGCCGUCUGCCAAACUAAAACGAGAAUCUUCAUCUCCAAAAGUAAAGAGUGAACUUCUUUUGGAAGAGGAAAAGUCUACCGAUUUUGUGUUUAUACCUCCAGAAGGAAAAGAAUCAAAAGAAAGAAUAUUAACUGAACAUCAAAAAGAGGUUCUCAAGACAAAGCGGUGUGAUAUUCCUGCCAUGUAUAAUAAUCUGGAUGUUUCACAAGAUACCUUAUUCACUGAUUGCUAUAGUCAGGAAGACUCUAUACAAACUUCUACUUUAACUGAAAAACCAAAGGAGGAUACCAAGAUGGUGAUUAAGGAGGAGCAAGUGAAGAGUGACACUGUUGUUCAAGAUGCCUUGGAAAACUGUGGUAUGGACGAACAUAGCAAAAAGGCUUCUUUUUCAAGUAACGAGUGUGGUUUUGUUCCCAAAACCAGUCCAGAAAUACUGAGCAGUAAUAAUGAAGCCAGAAAAAACACUUUAAUUUCAUCAAAGAAAACUUCAACUGAAUGUACAUCUAGUGCAGAAAAUUCGUUAGUCUGCAGUCGCUCAGUUUCUGAUGCCAGUAUUUCUGGAACCCCUCCCCCAUAUCCUACAAGUCGGAGGCAAAGCUUUAUUACCUUGGAGAAGUUUGGUGGUUCAGAUACUAGACCUUUCAGCCCAUCCUCCUUGGGUAAUAUGUCAUCAAGUGUUUCAGUGCAGAAAACCCAGGAAAACAUGACUACAACGGACAGCACACCAAAAACAAAGAAGAGAGAAGUGGUGCAUUCAAAAUCUGAUUCAGAAAAAAACCCGAAUGGAGUUAAGAGAUCAAGCCGAAGACUGAAUAAAGCUGAGAAGUCAGCAAGUAAAAGAUCUAAACCCUUAAUAAAAUCUGAACAGGAGGAAAAGAAAGAAUCGGUCGAAAGCACAGUAGCCUUAGAAAAUAACUCACCUGAUUUGUUUAAUCAAACAGAAUGUUCAUCAGAUGGUCAGGUUCAUUUAUCUGAAUCUGUUCCAGAGCAUGAAGAUAGAAAGCCUAAACCAGCAGUAGAAAAUACUGUGUUAUUGGAAAACAGUACUGUCCAAGAGAAAAACAUGGGGAUUAAUUUAGAAUCUAAAGAAAAUACGCCUCCAGCAGUAACCCCAGCAGAUCAGACAGUAAAUGAAGAUAGUCAGAGUCAGGUAACUCCAAGUCAGAAAAUCCUGAGACGGUCUUCAAGGCGACGAUCAGAAAUAACAGACACUAUUGGUGAUAAACAAGAUAAGGAAAAUAGUCAUCAAAAACGGGAAAGACGAAAGGAAGAGGAAAAACCUCAGGGUUUCUUGCAUGUAAAAGAUGAUGUAUUACCUAAACAACAAACUGGACAGGAAAACUUACUUGAGAAAGGAAAUUACUUACAUGAGAAGGCUUCUGAUGAAAGCAGUGCUAAUGCUGACACUGACCAAAAUAAAAGAAAAUCAGACCUUGAGAAUGUUAAUUCUGAGGGAGGUGGUGCCCUGGACGCUGCAGACAAGUCCUCUGAGAAACCUUUAAGAGGAAGAACACGCUAUCAGACAAGAAGGGCGUCUCAGGGAUUGCUCUCCAGCAUUGAAAACUCAGAGUCUGAUAGUUCUGAGGCAAAAGAAGAAGGUUCAAGGAAGAAGAGAUCUGCAAAAUUGAAAAACAAAAGCAGUGACAGUGUUGAUACUGAAGAACAAGAGGGAAAAAUGGUAGAAGGGGAGUCAGUAACUGUCAAGAAUCACACACAGAAUUAUAAAGCAAUUUCUGAAGUAGAUGUAGAGAAAAGGCCUCCCGUGUAUGAAAAAGGUGAAAGUAAUGCUGUGAUACUUGAGUGUUCUACAGCAUCUGCAGAUAAAUUGCACGUUUCUGACGAUGUGCCAAAUACAUGUGAGGGGAAAACUAAGACUAGCGAAAGUUCAGAACACUCCUUAGCAAAAGUUCAGAGUACUCCUUCGUCUAUCCCAGAAUCAAAUUUGAGGACUAGAAAUGCUAGUAAGAGAUUACUCAAGCGAGAUUCUGAUAGCAGCAGUGUGGGAGAAUGUUCCAGAAUUGGAACACCAGAAAUUUCUACGCCUCCUGAAAAAAAUGUCCAGAUAUAUGAAUGCCACCAUAAGAGAAGUCGGAGGGUGAGGCGAUCUAAAGGUUGUGAUUGCUGUGGGGAAAAAUCUCAACCUCAGGAAAAGUCAUCCAUUGGGUUAAAAAACACAGAAAAUACUGAAAUAAAGAGCAGUGAAAUGAAAAAGAUGGAUGUGCAAACACCUGACACUGUAGUAGAAGCGGCUUCUAAAGCUCAUUUGUGUUCUGAAGUGAAACAUUUAGAUGAACAUGCAAGUGUGAAUUUUAAUUUGGUUCUCAAGGGGAAUGAUACUGUUAGUGAAAACAUACUUGAACCUGAAACUAAGUCGAAAGAAAAUACUAUACAAAAAUCUUCUGAAGUAGUAAAUUUGGAAGAAAAACCUCAUGAAAGGGAUUCUGGUGAAGCAGUAUGUCCUGUAAGUGAAGAGCCAUCUAGUAAAAAAUUUAAAGCUGUGGACCCAUGUUUAGGUGAUCUCAGGGACAUUUCUGAGGAAUGUCAUUUGGACGCCACGGAAGGAAAGCCAGAAACACCCCUAAAAAGAGAACUUCGUGUUGCUAAUAUUGAAGAAGGAAAUGCAUGUAAAACAAGAGGAGGCUCCAGUACAGAGCUAGCAAAAGCUAUGGAACUGGAUGCAGAAAACUAUACAUCUGAAGCUAGUGUUUCUGAGAAAGAGUGCAUCAAAACUGACACUUCUGAAUUGGCAACAGAGGAGUGUAAGAGUAGUGACAGACCUAGUGCAGAAACAGCUGACAAAUUAGAUGCUGAAGAAGUGACAGCUGAGAAAUUUGGUUCAGGUAUUGGGCUUGGUGAUAACACCGUACCUAUUAAUGUGAAACCUCAGACUGAGAUCUCUGAACAAAUAGCAGGUGGGGAAUUAGGUGACAGAAGUAAUGAGUCAGAUUCCGCCUCAUCUAAACAAAUGAAUGCUGAAGUGGAAAACUAUGAAGAAAUGGUUAUUGGUCACAUGAAUCAUGAAAUCGGCAGUGUCACAGAAACAGAGGAUGAGGACGUGACUGCUCAAACUAAGUUGGAAGAAAGCAAAACAGAACAGUUGAAUGCAGAACUUGACAGUUUUGUUCCUGACACACUCGAAAUGAGCACUGAAGAAGGAAGGGUUGAGUCUAAGAAAACGGAAACAAACAUUGAACUUAGUAAGUCUGAGGAAACAAAUUUAGGUGACAGUCCAGUGGCGGUGGGAAGUGAUGUUUUACUGGAAGAUAGCCAUACUCCAGAUAAAACGGAAGAACCAUCACAGUCUUCGACGUCUGAAACGACUAUCUCUGAACUCGUAAUGGAAAACAAUGAUUCAUCUCCUGAAAAAUUGAGGGAACUUGAUUCUUUACUCCUGUCAGCAAAUGACAGUCCUGGUGGCAUGCAGACACGUUGUGUCUGGUCUCCCUUGGCUUCUCCGUCCACCAGCAUUCUGAAGAGAGGACUGAAACGACUGCAAGAAGACGAGGUCUCGUCACCUGUUAAUAAGGUUCGCCGUGUCUCCUUUGCAGAUCCAAUAUAUCAAGCAGGAUUGGCAGAUGACAUUGAUAGGCGAGGCCCUCUUGUUAGGUCUCAUUCUUCAAAUAACUCUCCUGUCAUAAAAAGUGUUAGAACCUCACCUACUUCACAAACUAAGCAUAACACCACUUCAGCCAAAGGAUUUCUGUCCCCAGGAUCACGUAACUGUAAAUUUAAGACCUCAAAGAAGUGUUUAAUUACAGAGAUGGCGAAGGAAUCUACGCCAUACCCCUCAGGAAGUGUCUACCCAGCUUUGAUGAACUGUGUAGCACCAGUUGACAUCAUUUUACCUCAGAUUACAUCAAAUAUGUGGGCAAGAGGUCUGGGACAACUUAUCAGAGCCAAGAAUAUAAAAACUAUUGGGGAUUUGAGUACUCUUACGGCCUCAGAAAUAAAAACGCUUCCUAUUCGUUCUCCAAAAGUGUCGAAUGUGAGGAAGGCUCUCCGAAUGUAUCAUGAACAGCAGAUGAAGUCUCAAGGACUUGAAGAAAUUCCGGUUUUUGAUAUUUCUGAGAAAACACUAAAUGGAAUAGAAAAUAAAUCAGCGGAUGAAGAAAGACUUGCCUCAGAUUUGAUUGAUCCUGUCACUUUAGAAACUCCAUUAUCCAAAAAUCUUGUGGCACAAAUUAGUGCUCUUGCUCUUCAGUUGGAUUCAGAAGAUCUCCAUAACUAUUCAGGAAGUCAGCUAUUUGAAAUGCACGAGAAACUUGGUACUAUGGCGAACUCUAUAAUAAAAAAUCUGCAGUCACGUUGGAGAUCACCAGCCAAUGAAAAUUCUAGUUAGUAUCUUAAGGGAAAAUUGAAGAUUCUAAAACCUGUCCUUACUUCUUGAUUGGUAAAAACAUGGUUUAACAUAGUGCAGAAUUUAAGAGGAAACUGCAAAGUUAGUAACAUUUAACACUGUGAAGGGCAAUGAUUUUAUUGUGUAAGUACAGUUUCUUAAUUUCAUUAGGUAAGUUUUUUUUUUUUCCUGAACCAUAUUUUCUUGGAUACUCUGUAUAGUUUUUCGUGAAAUUUAAAUAUUUCACUGAAAUUGAAAGCAAAAGUAGAAACACGCAUACAUUUUAUUCCAUAUUUUGAACUCUUAUUUUGGUGAAGUGUGUAAUGCAAAAUAAGUCAAAUUUUGUUUAUUAUUCCUAUUUUGUUUUACCAGAGGUUUGGGAAAUAUGUUCCUGGUAAAACAGUUCAAAAGAGAAGCAAAAAAAACUGGGAUUUUUUUUUCCCACCUGUAGAUGUCACCUUUGGACAACUUGGAAGAAAAAUUUUAAAAUGCCAAGUUUCAACUUCUUAGGUUAAAAUAUUAAUGCAGAAUGUACUAAAAUCCCAUUCCUUUGCAUUACCAAAUACUUGUGCAGCAGCAUUUGCCUGUGAAAAUUUACUCUGGAGACAUGCAGUAUUCAUUGCUAAGUGCGUGACUGUUUGUACAUUAUGUAUAGAUGGCAUUUAAUUUAUAAAUUUCAACCCUCAUUGAUUGCAUGAGUUUUUCUUCAGCUUUUUGUGAAUACCUUGGUUUUGUUUAAUUGAAACAUUUGUAUAUAUUUAAUACUGAAAUGUCGAUAUAGGCAGUGGAAAUACUUCACGGGCUUGCUGCAAAUACUUGUAGUGUUCUGUAUCUGCAAAUACAGCAACAGUUUUGUACUUAGUGAAAGGUCUCCAUUAAAACAUGGGUUUAUUUCUAACGUAUCCAGAAAGUAAAAUUAUUGAAACGAGACAAUGUUACGUGACAUCUUUGCUAUUCAUGCCCUUAUUUUUUUUCUUUUGGUCUGGAAGAAGAUACCAGCCACUAGAAAGUGUCUCAUUAACAUUUCUUCUUAAUGAAGAGUUUAGUCUGAGUAUAUAUUCAUUGCAAAUUGGACUAUAAGAAGUCUAGAGAUAAAACCUGCUUUUUCCACCUAUUCGUGAAAGUAAACUUGGAAGAAGUUUGAAACUGUUCUUUUUAUGUAUGUUGUAUGUAUGUUUUGCCAAGUUUAAAAAUAGAGUGUGUAAUUAAAACAUUUGUAAAUUUCACCACGUAGUAUUAGUGCCUGGCUUACCGUAUAUGUUACGUUUUUGUGUGUGUGAGACAGAGACAGGGACUUGCUGUGUAGCCCAGGCUGGUCUUGAACUUGAGAUCCUCUAGCUGUAGUCUCUCUUGAGUGCUCUGAUACAGGUGUGUGCCAACUUGUCCAGCUUAUUUUUGUGGGUUUUUUUUUAAACUAGAGUUUAUCUCACUUGUUCUCUGAUAGGAUCAGUGAGUGAUCUUGUUAGUUGUAUAGUUAACUCCUACUUGGAAAAUAUACUUCUAUGUUAAGUCAUAGACGUACAUCAAGUCAUAGAGAGCUUAACCUUUUGUCUACUUUAAGGUCUCCCUAUCCAGUAGGGAUCUCCAACCAACCCGUAUAAUAAAAAUUGAUUAUCUUUUUUUAUCGAAAUAAGAAAUAUAUUACUAUACAUAUUUUUGGUUUGAAAUGUACACACAUAUAUAGCACAUGUGCGUGUGAUAUGUAUGUACAAUGAUGGUCUUAAAUUCUGGGAUUGUUGAACUAAGAAUUAUAGCUUGAUUAAAAAACUAAACACUCAAAAAUUUUGAAAAUAGAAUCACAGUUGUGGUUUACAAUGUCCAUAUUUAUAAUAAUCAUCUGUAGUCCUUUAGUGUCUUAGGACCAUUAACAAAGUCCACUUUUUUUUUUUUUUUUGAGACAGGAUCUCACUGUGUAGUUCAGGCUGGCCUUGAAUUCACCCACACUGGCCUUGAACUUGCAGUGAUCCUCCUGCCUUAGCCUCCCAAGUACUGGAAUUUAGACCAUUGUAUUUAAUAUUGAAGAAGCACAUGAGUUUGUAUGACACAGGUAUGAGUAAGAAAGGGUGUGUUUGACAAAGGGAUAGCUGCAUACUUUAAUGCAGAGACAGUUCAGAGUAAGUCAGUUUAUUUCGUGACUACAUUGCCAUAAGAUUUGUAUGGACUGUUCUCAUAUGCUAGUGGGAUGAAGUUCUUGGGAAACUGGAUAGUACAGCAGAAAAUGUGACCGAAAUGAUUACCAUGUUUGUACUUAAUUGAAUGUGAUAUAAAUACUAGUUAAAUUGUGGUUCGGUGAACUUGUGCAUAAAAAUACUAUUUGAGGCCAAAUGUCAGCUUGUUGAAUCUUUUUUGGUUGCUAUGGUGACAAGCAUAUAUGUGAAUCGCCUUACUUCAGUAUUCUUGCCUUAAAUUUUCUGCAAAUAUCUCCCUGAAGUAACAAAAGCAUUCAUAUUUUGGUAGGCUCCAAAUGUAUUGUUUCACUAAUAAAAUAGAAUUUUUUCCAGCUCUUUUCUGAUCAUUAAUAAAACAUGGCAGAUAAUACUAACAACAGUCAGAUACGGUUUCUUAAUAAUUACUCACCAGAAGGAUCUAAUGGCACACAGUAUAAUUUCUAACACCUGUGAAAUCUAUUAAAUUGAUUUCAGUGGACCUAAAUUUUCAGUAUUUAAUUGAGUCCAUUAUUUAAAGGUACUGGGCUGUGUCAACAAAUUUGAAACUCCUGGAGCUUUACUCUUAAUUCCAGAUUGUGUAGAUUGAGUGAAUAGUGUAAAUUAAUCAUUUUAGGAGUAAUACAGUCAAAUAUAGGAUUGAAGGCUGAACUUUAAAAGAGUGAUUGUUCCUGACAUUGCCCAUGGAUUCUAUUUUCUGUACAGUUUGAAGGUAGUUAAGGAUUUUGUUACCUAUUUCAGGAUAAUAGAAUUUCAUUUAUUGCAGUAACAAGAAAUAAAAGUGGAAAAAAGUAUGGAAAUCUGUAUCUAAGUGGGAUUUUAAAGGAAUGAAAAUUCUUAAAAAUUGCUGUUGGAAAAGCUAGUUGGUUGAGAUUUAAGAGGAGAUUUGGUAGGUGGAGGAGGCUGUAUUAUUAAACCCAUAUCCAUUUUAUCCCUCAGCCACUUGAAAACCUUUGUAUGUUUCAUACAUAAAAGAUAUAUAUGCAGACACAUACAUAUUAGACUGAACUUCAGGUAUUUAACAGUGCUUUUCGGAUUUGUAGGGUGCAGGUAAAACUGAAUUCUGAUUAAGUAGAUCGAAGUUGGGGUCUGAGAGCCCACGUUUCUAACAGACACCCAGGGUAUCUGCAGGUACCGAUACCAUGAAUUGCACUUGUAAUAGGUUUAAGAGGCUCCAAGCCUUUCUGUAGGUUUUGCUAACCCAAGCAGAUUUAAGUUCUUAAAAUGAAAGAUUAAAGCUAGACUUUUAUAAAUUUCUGAAGUUAAUAAAUCGAGAGUUGCAGACUGUUUUUGAAGCCUUUAACUUAAAGUUUAAAACUCUCUAACAGUUAAGGACAGAUUUUUCUCUCUUUCUGAGCCUCUAAAAAUACGGGAUUUAAAUAAAAACAGGUACCAUUAAGAGUAAGAAUCUCAUUUUACACAGAACCUUGUUAAUGCAUCAGUUUAGACAGCAUUUUCUCAUGAGUGUAUGUGGAUCAUUGUCUCAUUUUCUGUUGAUAGCAACGUUUUCAAAUAAUCAGAAAUACAAUCAGUCUAAAUUUUGCUGUCACUUUAUUAAUAAACGUUGCAAAAGGGAAUAUUAUCUCUUAAGAUUUGUUUGGCAUUAGUAGUGUCAUAAUGAAGACAGAAAUGCUUUGUCAUACUAGUGAGGACUUUUGGUAGCUUGUUAUGUUACUUCAUUGAGAAUUUGUUUUAUUAUAAAAUGUUUGAAAGGUACAGUUGAAUAAUUUGAUUCUUUAAAGUGAAUUUUUCUUGAGCUUGAGCUUGGAUGUCAGAUUUCCCUUACAUGUUUAAACAUGGUAUUGUAAGAAUUGCUUUAAUUCAAGAGACUUUAGAAAGUGAAAAAGUCAUGUAAUAGGAUUUUGAAGUGGGUUUAUCAAGAUUUAUUUGUUGAAGUGAGGCAUGAUAGCUCACAUCUGUAAUACAUACCAGCAUUUUGGAGAGUUGAAUUCAAGAUGAGCCUAGACAUUUAUCGAGACCCUAUCUCAAAAAGUUUGUUACUAAUUGCUUAAAUUAAUGGUUUCUUGGGCCCUGUUAAUGGGAUAUUUACUAUAUGCCAGGUAAAGCUCCACCUUUCAAAUUUGAAGAUCUGUGUGGUACUUUUAAUUAGAGAGUUCACUCAGUUGGGAGAACACAUACUAAAUUUUACAAUGUGUUAACCAUUUUUCUCUUUAUAUACUAAUCCUUUUCCAGUGAACAAUUAAACUUGUUUUUGAUAUCCAAAGAUGACACGUGCUAAGCUGUAACCCCUACUCUUUAAUAAGACUAUAAAACUGAAGGCUAUCUUUCCAAUUGUCGAUGCCAAAGAGAAACCCUGUGUAAUUUAUAUUACACUCACAGAGUUGUAAUUGUGGAUAAAGCUGAACUGUUUAAUAGCAAGCAGCAAUGCUCACAGUAGUUGGUGUACUACGGAGUGAUAAAGUGAGGAGGAAGGGGGAGGGACGUGCCCCCGGAAUUUUAGUGAUGAAGUCAGGCUUUUCAGUGUAGGGACAGGGAGUCCUACACACUGGAAGGGGCUGUGGCUGUUAACCGUACCUGCAGGUUAUUCUGUACCGAACAGUGCCAUAAUGGAUGUUCAUAAACCCUGUGGGCCCCCCCCAGCAGUAUAUUAAUUCCCACCCGAAGGCAGCUUUGUUAAGUGGAUGAAAAACAUGUGAAUAGGAAGUCUACCUUUAAAAUAGUGUUAGGGAACUGCAACUGGAAUAUAGUAUAAUAAUUAUUUUUAUACAUGAUUGAAUGAGUAAAGGAUGUUUAAAACAUUUUAUUUUUAUAGGAUGAAAACUUUAUAAAAGAAAAUGGAUAUAAGGUGGACCAGUUUUUGAAUAUAGACAUUGAAUGGUGGCAUUAGUUUUCAUAUAGGGACCAGACAGCUACACUUGCCACGUGUUUUUGUACUGCCCACGAUCUAAAAUGGAUUUUUAUAUUUUUUUAUAUGAUUGGAAAAAGUUGAAAGACUGUUCCGAAAAGGAUGAAAAUAUGUGAGCAUGGACCUCAGUGUCUAGAAACAAAGCUCUGUUAGAACGCGGCCACGCUCAUUUACACUGCGGGCUGCUUCCUUGCCGCGGGGCAGAGUCGACUAGUCCGACACAGUUGCAUCGCCAACAGCUAACAUAGUUAUUAUGUAGCCCUUUUCAAACUUGUCAGUUCCUGUUGUGAAGAUAGUUUUCUUCAUCUACGGCAUGUAGCUCAUCAUUUGCUUCUGGCAGGCUUGACUGUAUUCUGGAUUCCUUUUGAUCACUCAUGUUUUGUUUGUACAGUGGAUUGCGAUCAUUUCAUUUGUCUUUUACUACUGCUCACAUAGACGUACCAGGAGCUACUAGUACUUCUUAAAAUACGCCUUUAGUCCUAAACUCUUGGAAGUAGCUGUUUGCAGUGAAAAUAAGGGUCUUCGGUCUGAGGGAAAAGAACCUGGCACUAACAUGUUAUACCUGUGAAGUAAAGGAGGAUAUAGGAGUUUGCUUUCUAUGUUGGUGGAUUAUCGGUUGCUUUCAACCUGUGUAACUACCUCCUCUGGAUAGCCCUGAUAAUGCACUUAGAGAAAGACUGGGAGCCGAGCCGGUCACUUAAUAACCUGCAGUGCUUUUUGUUGGCAUCACUUGGCAGACUCAGAGAGCUUAGUCAUUCACAGGGAAUUUGGUAACACUUACAAAAUUAAGUUGAAACGUAAAAUACCUGUUAUUAACUGCACUAAAUUGUAUAUAAAGUGCAGUUUUAUUUGAUCAUGUAAUAGUUCACACAAUGUCUGUAGCAGGUAGAGCUAUACUUUUAAAAGGUAUCUCUGGUUCAUUUUGACCAUUGAGGAGAAUCUGAUGCACAGUAAGACCUGUCAUGAAUUGAGUUGAUUGUUAACAUUUGCUAAUUGAAACUGGUUACUGCAACUUUUUUUUUUUUUUUUUUUU